CUAUGAUCAUUUGUUUUAGGUUUCAACGCAGCAAAGAUGGCGUCUGCUUUUCGGUUGGUGCUCCUCCUCAGCUCCAUCAUCGGCAUCUUGACCAUUAAAGCUGCGUCUGCUCAAAGUGAAAACUUUGGAGAGGCAGCUUCUGUCUGUCCUGCUCCUUGUCCUCCUGGUUGGACCCAGUUUGGCUCUCGAUGCUUUAUUUUCUACUACCAGUCCAGGACAUGGAGUGAUGCAGAGAAAUUCUGCAUUUCUAUUGGAGGAAAUCUGGCCUCGAUCCACAGCUUAGAUGAAAACAACUUCAUCAGUGAGAUGGUGGAAAGACAGACCGGUUACUCUCGAGACACCUGGAUUGGAGGCUACGAUGCAGUCAGUGAGAACACAUGGUUGUGGAGUGAUGGGUCAGCAUUUGAGUUUACGCACUGGCACACCAACCAGCCGGACAAUAGUGGAAGUCAACACUGUUUGGAAAUAAACUAUGGAGGAAGCCAUUGGAAUGACAUUCGGUGCUCCAUGGGCAUGCCUUUUGUUUGUGCCAGAGACAUCUGAUGCAUAUCUGCAGCUUCUUUCCAGGCUACAGCUCCUUCAGAUCCAAACAGAGAAACUCCACUCUUUUAAUCCCCUGCUUCUGUCCAUGAAAUCAACCUAAAUAAUUUUUCUUUGGUCAUUUUACAGUCUUGCAAUAAAGAAUUAUAUUGUUUAGAUAUUGUUUUAUGUUGGGUUGAUUAUUUCUUUAUCAUGUAUUCGGAAAAAUAAGUGAUGAAAUUUGAUUAAAACCUAACUGUCUGAUAUGAUUUUUCU